CAAUACUUUAUUCAAUACAGAUAUACAGAUAAGAGUUGAUAGGAGAACCACAUUAGCUCAAUUAAAGGAGAAGCUAGUUCCACUGAUUGGUGUACCACCUACUGGCUUUAAAGUGUAUAGGGUGUACAAUAACCAGCAAGAAUAUGAAAUGGAGAGAUUAACUGACUCAUUAAUGGCAAUACCUUCUGAAUCAAGAUUUGUAGUAAGACUGGGUAGGGCAUUACAAGUAGGAGAGUACAGAAUUAAAUUAUUUUUAUUACACAUUAGCAAUACAGAGUUAUUUAAUCUGAUGAUGGAGUCUAUUGUUGCUAAGAAUACACCAGUGAGAGAAUUUAAGAAACAAAUUAUUGAAGAAGCAAAAGUACAAGGAAUUGACUGUGUCCUUGAAUUAGACAAAAUGAGAUUACGUAAGAAGACUUGGAGGUCACCUGGUACAGUGUAUCUUGAUCAUCAGUUGAUUGAUAAAGAUAUUCAUGUAUAUGCUGAUAGUGAAAUGUAUGUGGAACCAUUGAAAGAACCGGAAAAGAUGAAGCUCCCAACACAGAUGCAGGUAUAUGUUAGAAGAUGGCGUCCAUCAGAAUGUUCAGUUGAUCCAACAGAAGAAAUUAUACUGGAUACAGCUAGUCCCUUAGAUCUUAAAAAGAAGCUUUCAGAGUUAAGUAAAAUUCCUGUUGAUGCCAUUUCUGUUGCAAAGGGCGUGGGAUCAUUUCCAGCUGAGAUAUCAUGUCUUGAUAUUGAGAAUGAGUUGGAAUGGGAUCCAGCCAUUCAAUCAAUCAGUCAAACACCAUUCUCACUGUACGAUGAUGGAGGUGUCAUUUAUUACAAAGACAAUAAGGAAAAAAUAGAACUGUCCAAAAUUAUUGAAUUAACAAAUGAAAUUACAGCACUAACAAAAUUUAAAACUGGAAUACUAAAAGAAAGAGAUGAUUUACAGCAAAGUUUAGCUCAAUCAUCAGCAGAGAAAACCAAACUAAGUGAUCAGUUGAAGGAAAUGAAAAAAAAGGCUGCAGCAUUAGAGAAUAACCUAAAGUUAACACAAAUAAAACACCAAGAAAAUUUGAGCCAAAUGUUGGCAGAUAUUGCCAGUUUGAAAGAAUUUAAUGAAACUUUGUUGGUCACUCGAGAUCAGUUACAGAAAGAAAGAGAUCAGAAAUUAGCAAAGAGCAAUGAAUUGGAGAAUGAAAUUGCAACACUGACAGCAGCUAAAACUGAAAUAUUAAAAGAAAGAGAUGAUUUGCAGCAAAGUUUAGCUCAUUCAUCAGCGGAGAAGACUAAACUGAGUGAUCAGAUGAGGAAAAUAGAAGAGAAAGUCAAGGAAUUAGAGAAUAGCUGGAAGGUCAGUUAUAAGGAUGUCACUCUGUUGCAUCACAAGCUAGGCAGU